CGCGGCCGAGAAGAGUCAAUCCCCGUUUUCUUGUCCAUUUCACCUAUUUUGCCUUGCAAAAGACCCACUCAUAAUGACUCCGGACGCCAAGGUCGAGGAGAAAGCACGGCCGGUCAGCGACCCGGAACGCGGUCCGGAGCACGGAGCGGCUCCCGACGUCCCCGCCGGCCGAUUGGCCCGCGUCCGGAGAGUCCUCUAUAAGGCGGCCCAGUUCGGUCGAGUCGAGGUGCGGGGCAUCACUCCGAUCCCUGUCAAGGAGCGCACCGUUGAGAGGACCGUCAAUAUCUUCACACUAUGGUGGUCCAUGAACACGAAUAUCCUGGGCAUCACCUUCGGCAUGCUUGCGCCCAUCUACGGCCUCAACCUCCGAGACAGCUCCUUGGUCAUCUUAUUCUUUACACUGUUGACCACCGUCCUGCCCGCCUAUCUCUCCACGUGGGGUCCAAAGACUGGCAUGAGGCAGAUGCUGCAGGCCCGGUACAGUUUUGGCCGCAACCUCGUCUCGAUUCCCGUCCUGCUCAAUCUCGCAACCCUUAUCGCCUUCUGCGUCAUCAUGGCCGUGGUCGGCGGCCAGUGCCUUUCGUCGGUCGCCGACGGCAACCUGAGCGUCUCGCUCGGCAUCGUCCUCACCGCCAUUCUCACCCUGGGCAUUUCCUUCUGCGGCUUUACCGUCCUGCACAUGUUCGAGCGUUACGCCUGGAUCACCGCCUUGAUAUCCAUCAUUGUCGCUGUCGGGACCGGCGGCAAGGAGCUGCGGAACCAAGUCACAUACGACGCUCCUCCGGCAGCAUCAUCCGUCUUGUCCUUUGGCAUGAUCGUGGCGUCGUACAUGAUCCCGUGGGCGUGCCUUUCCUCCGAUUUCACAACCUACCUCAAGCCCGACACUUCCUCAACGAAGAUAUUCACCUACUCGUACCUCGGCCUGGCAGUCCCUACCAUCCUGCUCAUGACGCUCGGCUCGGCGAUCGGCAACGCCAUCGCCAACGUCCCGCACUGGCAAGACGCCUACGAUGAGACGCUGGUCGGCGGCGUGCUGGCGGCCAUGCUCGCGCCGGCGGGCGGGUUCGGCAAGUUCCUCGUCGUGCUGCUCUCCUUUUCGCUGCUCGGCAACCUCGCGGCGACCUCGUACAGCGUCACGCUCAACCUGCAGCUGCUGCUGCCCUUCCUAGUCAAGGUGCCGAGGUACCUGUUCUCGAUCGUCUUUGCCGCGAUUGUCAUACCGCUUGCGAUCCGCGCGGCGGAUGAUUUCUUUGUGAGCUUGGAGAACUUCGUGGCGCUGAUUGGGUAUUGGACGUCGGCGUUCCUGGCUGUGGUGUUGGUUGAGCAUUUUGUGUUUCGGAAGGGGGAUUGCGCCGCCUAUGAUGCCGAGGCGUGGAAUGAUGCCGGGCGGCUGCCUUGGGGUGUCGCGGCGCUCGGCGCCGGGACGUUGAGUUUUGCGCUCGUAAUCCCGAGCAUGGCGCAGGUGUGGUGGACGGGGCCUAUCGCGGAGAAGACGGGUGAUAUCGGGUUUGAGCUGGCCUUUGUGGUGUCGGGGUUGUUGUACUUGCCGUUGCGGUGGGCGGAGAAGCGUUGGUCGCGGAGGUGAUGAAGGUUGUCGGGAUGCAUACGUUCCGUCAAGCAUGGAAGAAGGAGUCUGUCUGAGAGGCGGAUAGAGCGUUGCAUUGAAGACAUAGAAGGCAGUGAUCUGAGGGAGGAUAAAGGUAAUGUAUUGGCAGACGCGGGAGGCAGCGCUGAGUUCAACAGAUACCCUAGAAAGGCGUUCAACUGCAUCCAAAUCCAG